AUGACGGCGACUAAUAAUAUUAUACAGAUAGCGACUUCUAGAGCCAAAAUUAAAUUAGCAAAUUCAAUAAAAGACUACGAAGAAAUGGCAGUGGGUGUUAAAGAAUUAGUUGAAUGUCAGCCUGAACUAAAUAAAGAUGAAUUUGAAUGGUUAUCUAUUGCAUAUACGCAUUGCAUCAAAACACGACAUGUUGCUUGGACUGAGAUGAAAAUUACACUGGACAAAGAAAAAGAAAGUGGAAAUGAUGAAAUUAUUAGUGCAACCGAGACCAAAUUAAAAGAGAUCGAAAGUGAAAUGCUCUCUUACUGUGCUGAUGUUUUACAUUUGCUGGAAAAGAAAAUUCUACCCAAUAUCAAUAACAACAGUCUUAAAGUCUUAUGCUACAAAUUAAUGGGUGAUCAUAAUCGCUUUCUGGCAGAACUAGAAACGAGUAAUGCAGAAUAUGACGAGUUACACAGUUUUAGCGCUUAUCAAAAUGGCUACGAAUUAGCAUCUCGAGUAUUGCAUAUAACCUGCCCAGAAUAUUUAAGCCUAAUUCUUAAUUAUUCACAAUUCGUAUACGAGGUACUUGAAGAAAAAGAAAAGGCGAAAGAUAUGGUUAUUAAUGUACGAAAUGCUGUUGCGAGGCAAGCAGGUAUAAAGGAACCAAGUAAAGAUGCACUUGAUAUCCUUACACUUUUAAAUGAAAAUUUACUUCGAUGGGGCGUUACAGAGGAUGUGACUGAAACAGAAGACUCACCAUCAAGUACUUCUACCAAUUCAAAUGAGGAGGAACUUUCUUAG